GGAUACUGGCGGGGGGAGGGGUGGGGUUUAGAGGAAGCGGAAGUGUCAGAGCAGGCGGAAGUGGUACUGCCCUGAAUAUCCCGAGCAGCGAGCGGAGGACGGCUUGAGAUACUCCCAUCGUUAAGAGAAGAAAAUCCGGAUCCUUGAUUCGCUCUAAAUCCUAAAAGAUGGAUAAGAACGACCUGGUGCAAAAAGCCAAGCUGGCAGAGCAGGCCGAGCGCUACGACGACAUGGCGGCUGCCAUGAAGGCUGUGACGGAGCAGGGCCAGGAGCUCAGCAACGAGGAGCGCAACCUGCUCUCUGUCGCCUAUAAGAACGUGGUGGGGGCCCGCCGCUCAUCCUGGCGCGUCAUUUCCAGCAUCGAGCAGAAGACGGAGGGCAACGAGAAGAAACAGCAGAUGGCCCGGGACUAUCGCGUGAAGAUCGAGGGGGAGCUCCAAGAGAUCUGCCACGACGUGCUGAACCUUCUCGACAAAUUCCUCAUCCUCAACGCAUCUCAGGCAGAGAGCAAGGUGUUCUACCUCAAAAUGAAAGGAGACUACUUCAGAUACCUGUCAGAGGUGGCCUCUGGGGACUCCAAGAAGGAAACGGUGGAUAACUCUCAGAAGGCCUACCAGGACGCCUUCGACAUCAGCAAGAAGGACAUGCAGCCCACGCACCCCAUCCGGCUGGGCCUGGCCCUCAACUUCUCCGUCUUCUACUACGAAAUCCUCAACUCGCCCGAGCAGGCCUGCUCUCUGGCCAAGCAGGCCUUCGAUGAGGCGAUCGCUGAGCUCGACACCUUGAACGAGGACUCCUACAAAGACAGCACGCUGAUCAUGCAGCUACUAAGGGACAACCUGACUCUGUGGACAUCAGAAAACCAGGGAGACGAGGGUGAAGCCGGCGAUGGAGAAAACUAGAGCGCUCUUCACUGUUAACCCCCCCACACACACACUCUUCCUCCUCCUCCUCUUCCUCUCUCGGUACCUACGCGGCGUUCAUUACCUCGUCCAUCGCUCCCAGCCCGACCUCCGUUCUGUAUAACC